UCCUCGGCCUUUCCAGCCAACGAUGACCAGUCCAGGCCUAGCCACUCGAAUGGGCACACCUGUGUAGGUAUGUAAAUAAAUAUUUUUGUAUUUUCUAUAUAGACAUAACAAUGGGGUCCAAUACUUUGCUUGCAUAAUAAAUCACAUAUUUUAUUACAUCAAGAGUUGUAAGAUUCCAAGUAAGGCACCAGUAACCUCACUGACAUAGAGAAAUGUAGAGUCUAAGAGUAGACAUUGACACUACAUACAUCUAUGUGAAUAAAAACCAUACUAGUUUAAAUUGGGCAUAAAAUUCUUCCACCUCAUUGGCGAUUAGAAUUUUUUCUUCUUGUAUAGGUAGCUAUUAUUUCAGGCUAUUUUAACCUGAAAUUUUUACUGCUUUUCAUGGGCUUUGACCUCAUACAGACACAUCUGAGUUUGAAUCACUGCCCUCCUUCUACGCUUCUCUCCCAUUUCCUACUGGCUAUGGAAACCUGGAACAAUGUACUUAACCCUCUCCAAGCUUCUGUGGCCUUAUUGGUGAACUGAAGCGAAUGAGAUCCAUCUCAUAGGGAUACCAUGGAAAUUGUGACCAUGCAUGUAAAUCUGUGACGUGUGCACACAGUAAGGGCUCAACCAUCUUAGCUUCCUUCUGUCUCUCAGCGAAUCCAGAUUUGGCGAUCACCUGGAGACACUGAGCACUGAUAUGGCUUCCUGGCUUAUCUGUUAAUGAAGUGUUUUAUAUCCAAGAGGUUUCUUCUGUUUGGUUUUUUGGAUGAGAGUAGGAAGUAAGGGUGUGUGCUGGUGGUGUCUGUAAUAGAACAGCUUGCUCAAGUUCACAACUCGACGGUCCAGGCCUCGAUGGAGAGACUGUGCAGCUACCUGCCUGAAAAACUAUUCUUGAAAACCACCUGCUAUUUAGUCAUUGACAAGUUUGGAUCAGACAUCAUAAAACUGCUUAGCGCAGAUAUGAAUGCUGAUGUGGUAUGUCACACUCUGGAGUUUUGUAAACAGAACACUGGCCAACCAUUGUGUCAUCUCUACCCUCUUCCCAAGGAGACAUGGAAAUUUACACUACAGAAGGCAAGACAAAUUGUCAAGAAGUCCCCAAUUCUGAAAUAUUCUAGAAGUGGUUCUGACAUUUGUUCACUCCCGGUUUUGGCCAAGAUCUGCCAGAAAAUUAAAUUAGCUAUAGAACAGUCUGUGCCAUUCAAAGAUGUGGAUUCAGACAAAUACAGCAUUUUCCCGACACUGCGGGGCUAUCACUGGCGGGGGAGAGACUGUAAUGACAGCGACGAGUCAGUGUACCCAGGUAGAAGGCCAGACAACUGGGAUGUCCAUCAGGAUUCAAACUGUAAUGGCAUUUGGGGUGUUGAUCCAAAAGAUGGAGUUCCAUAUGAGAAGAAAUUCUGUGAAGGUUCACAGCCCAGGGGAAUCAUUUUGCUGGGAGACUCAGCUGGGGCUCAUUUUCACAUCUCUCCUGAAUGGAUCACAGCAUCGCAGAUGUCUUUGAACUCUUUCAUCAAUCUACCAACAGCCCUUACCAAUGAGCUCGACUGGCCCCAACUCUCUGGUGCUACAGGAUUUCUGGACUCCACUGUUGGAAUUAAAGAAAAAUCUAUUUACCUUCGCUUAUGGAAAAGAAACCACUGUAAUCACAGGGACUACCAGAAUAUUUCAAGAAAUGGUGCAUCUUCCCGAAACCUGAAGAAAUUUAUAGAAAGCUUGUCUAGAAACAAGAUGUUGGACUAUCCCACCAUCGUUAUAUAUGCCAUGAUUGGAAAUGAUGUCUGCAGUGGGAAGAGUGACCCAGUCCCAGCCAUGACCACUCCUGAGAAACUCUACUCCAACAUCAUGCAGACUCUGAAGCAUCUAAAUUCCCACCUGCCCAAUGGCAGCCAUGUUAUUUUUUAUGGCUUACCAGAUGGAACCUUUCUCUGGGAUAAUUUGCACAACAGAUAUCAUCCUCUCGGCCAGCUAAAUAAAGACGUGACCUAUGCGCAGUUGUACUCCUUCCUGAACUGCCUCCAGGUCAGCCCCUGCCACGGCUGGAUGUCUUCCAACAAGACGUUGCGGACUCUCACUUCAGAGAGAGCAGAGCAACUCUCCAACACACUGAAAAAAAUUGCAGCCAGUGAGAAAUUUACAAACUUCAAUCUUUUCUACAUGGAUUUUGCCUUCCAUGAAAUCAUACAGGAGUGGCAGAAGAGAGGUGGACAGCCCUGGCAGCUCAUCGAGCCCGUGGAUGGAUUCCACCCCAAUGAGGUGGCUUUGCUGUUGUUGGCGGAUCAUUUCUGGGAAAAGGUGCAGCUCCAGUGGCCCCAAAUCCUGGGAAAGGAGAAUCCAUUCAACCCCCAGAUUAAACAGGUGUUUGGAGACCAAGGCGGGCACUGAGCCUCUCAGGAACACGCACCCCUGGGGAGCACAGGGAGGCAGAGGCUUGGGUAAACUCAUUCCACAAACCCUAUGGGGGCUGCUACAUCACAGGCCCAAAGGACUCUUCUUCA